AUGAAAGGAAAGAAGAAGCACGCCUGUUGCUGCUUACCAUUGGCAGUAGCUGGCGUAGGUAUAUCAGUCAUUCUGAUUAUCUUCAAUGUGGCCACAUUCUUGCAGCAAUUGGAGUACGUAUUGGAUAUGGAUGAGAAGAGUGCAAGUGCAAUUGUUACGUUGAUAUUUACCGGUUUACCAGUACUGUGUGCUUGCUUCUCACUUUUUGGAAUCAUGUUCAAGAAGGCAGGUUUAGUCAACUUGGCUGUCUCUUGUAUCAUGCCAUCCGUCGUCUUAUACAUCGUAGCUAUCAUCACACUAUGGAUCGGUAUCAUGCAACAUAAAGAUGAGGUGAUCGAAUCAUCCAAUACACUUGGAUGGAUUUCAGUCCACGGGGACAAUGCCAAUUACAUCGUCGGCGCCAUCGCCACUGCCGAGGCAGUCAUCGUCAUUGCGCUCCUUUGCUAUUGCGGAGAUAUAUUCAAAUCGUGUGCAAACAUGAUCGCCCGGAAACAAAAUCCUUGGAAGAUCAAACAAGACGCAACCAACCAACGAGGCAAAAGAGUUGUUGAAGAAGACGAUGAUGAUGACUCAUCCUCUGUCUAG